AUGCGUACCGAAGUACCAGUUCUGAGAAGGUGUUAUUUCUGCUUAUCCCUCAGACAUGGUUUACUUGCAUGGGGAUAUUUCAAGUUGAUAUUAACUUCGAUGCUGCUCCUUUAUUUUUCAAUUGUACUAUACGUCGUUGUAAUAUACUCAAGUAUUAACAAGGUGUAUGAUGAUAUUAAUGUUUUAAUAUACUCCGCUGUACUAUUAAUCGUCACAGGCGAUUUUAUCUUACACAUAAUUUUCAUCGUUGGAGCUCACUCGAAAGAUAUUAAGCUUUUAAGGGUGUACUAUGUCUACAGCGUAAUGCUGGUAGUAGUCAGCUUUCUGAUGUUUAUUAUAUGCGCGGGGAUAAUGAUAAAUAGGAUUUUUAUUGAAACCAUUGGCCAUAUAGGACUUACGUUUGUCUCCGAAUUAUCGAGCUUUUUUGUUAAUUUACUUAUCCAAAUCUACAUUACUCUACUUGUGAGGAGCGAGAUUAUCAAACUUAAGAAUACUAUGUCUUUUAGAUUUGUAAAUAACGCGGUCGAAGCUGAAUGUAAUUUGAUUAUUGAAGACACAUAUGCAGAGAAGACUGCUGAUGAUGCUGAAGUUAUAGAAGUUGAUGAUGUAAUGAAGUGCAAUUAA